AUGGAGAAGAAAAUCCCACAGCUCAAGGAUGAAGCUUUUCUGCAGCAGUAUCCAUUUCUCAUUGUUCUUGCUUUAGCACUGGGUUUCGUUAUAAUGGACCCAUUGCAGAUGGGUCCUGUGGGAGGCCUUGAUUUCAGGCCUGUGAGACACGAAGUUGCGCCAUACAAGCAAGUGAUGGAUAAUUGGCCUAGGGACAACCUCAGCCGCCUAGGCCUCGGGAAUCUGGAGUUUGUGAAUGAAGUCUUCGGUCCUGAAUCAUUGGAGUUUGACGUUUGGGGACGGGGGCCUUACACUGGGUUAGCUGAUGGGCGUGUUGUGAGGUGGAUGGGCGAAAAGAAUGGAUGGGAAACGUUCGCAGUCGUAACGCAUAAUUGGUCGGAGAAGCUGUGUGCCAAAGGCGCAGACUCGACCACAUCUAAGCAAUGGAAGGUGGAGUCACUGUGUGGGCGUCCACUGGGCCUGAGGUUUAACAAAGAGAAUGGAGAUUUGUACAUAGCCGACGCUUAUUAUGGCCUUCUGGUUGUUGGGCCCGAAGGAGGCAUUGCCACUCCUUUAGCUACACAUGUGGAAGGGAAGCCAAUACUAUUUGCAAAUGACCUUGACAUCCAUAACAAUGGGUCCAUUUUCUUCACAGACACCAGCAAAAGAUACAACAGAAUGAACCAUUUUUUCAUUCUGUUGGAAGGAGAGGCAACUGGUAGGCUUCUCAGAUAUGACCCUCAUACUACAACAACUCAUGUUGUGAUGGAUGGAUUGGUCUUCCCAAAUGGAGUACAACUAUCCAAGGACCAAACCUUUCUCGUCUUCACCGAGACUACCAAUUGCAGGCUAAGUAAGUACUGGCUAGAGGGUCCAAGAGCUGGAACAGUGGAACUUGUUGCAGACCUUCCGGGUUUCCCAGACAAUGUAAGACUAAAUGAGAAAGGCCAGUUCUGGGUAGCAAUAGAUUGUUGCCGAACUCCCGCGCAGGAAGUUCUUAGUCGCAAUCCAUGGAUGAGGAGCUUCUACUUCCGGUUACCAAUUCCAAUAAGCUUCUUGGCCAGGGUAAUGGGCAUGAGGAUGUACACAGUCAUUUCUCUAUUUAGUGAAAGUGGGGAGAUAUUGGAAGUCCUUGAAGACAAAAAAGGUGUAGUAAUGAAGUUGGUUAGUGAAGUCAGAGAGGAAAAGGGGAAGCUGUGGAUUGGAACUGUGGCACAUAACCAUAUAGCCACCCUCCCUUAUCCAUAG